AAUUAUUAUAACACCCCUCAAGUAUGCAAACAUUUGUUUUCAAAAUUUUAAUUUUUCGCAGAUGGUUUAAUGUGCAUAAUUGUUAGCAUGAUUGUUAAUAUGGCUCAACCAAAACUAUUUCACUGUUCGUUUGACGAGUGUGGUGCUUCGUUUCCAAGUGCUUUUCGUUUGCAGCGUCACAUUCGAGCUCACAAAGGAGAGCGCCCGUUUAUUUGUGACAUCGAAGGAUGUGAUAAAUCAUUUACAUGCAGAUCUUAUCUGAAUAAACAUAAAAAACGGCCUCACAACGUUGAAGAGGAUUUUACGACGACCAAAAAGCGAGAAAAACGAUACAACUGUGAGAGUUGUUUCAAGGAAUUUAAAGAUAAAUUCCUGUGGAAAAUCCAUUUGGCCCAUCAUACUGGCGAAAAACCUUUCAAAUGUGAUCGAUGUGAUGCUGCUUUUGCUCUGAAAUCUCGUCUCAUAAGGCAUAGCGCUCGCCAUUCAGGUUUUCGAUGCAAUCAAGAAGAUUGCGACGUUGUUGCUGAAACUUGGAAUGAACUUCGUAAACACGUUGCUACAGCUCACAAAAAAACGAAUGAAUGUCACAUUUGUGGUAAAAUCUUCACACAAAAGUCAAAUUUGCUAGCGCACAUAGAUGCUCAUAAGUUUAAAUGCCCUGCGGAUGGAUGUGACAAAUCAUUUGUUCGCAAAGGACAAUUGAGAGAGCAUGUUGAAGAUGUUCAUCUAGAAAAUUAUGCAUGUGAUUAUCCAGACUGUGGUCGUAAAUUCACCGAUCCCAUCACCUUAGCGCAACAUAACAAUAAACAUUCAUCCAAUCCAGAGAAAUCCAGUGAAAAACGCAAAAAACCGAUAUUUCCUUAUCGUAAAAGUCUGGCUCAAGAAUUAUCUGGAUUUGAUGUAAAUGAAGAUGAAUUAGCUUCAAUAAUUAAUCGUGAUAAGGAGUUCCGUAAAGAAAUGGUCUGAUUCUCUGAUUUAAAACCAACUAUGGAACCUUGUUUGAUGUCAAACUGCAUAUUGUGUAAAUGUACCCGUGUUGUUACCCUUGUUAUUACUUUACGAGCUUUUGUGAAAAUAUUUAUUUAGAUCAUUAACUUAUUGUUUUUUGAACCUGAACUGUUCACCAAACAGUCAAAAUCAAUACCUUAUAAAUAUAAAUAAUGACUUACAUCCAUCAACAACAUAUCGUAAAGAUUUUUUUCGUGGUAAAAGACGAAUACUAACCAACUGUUUUGAAA